CACUCCCCGGGGAGCAGCUGGAAGAGGAAGGAGGGCCCGGGGCGGGGAAGGCAGCAGCCAGCAGCAGCCAGCCAAGGAGGAAGGCAGGCCAGGCGGACAGCAGCAGCGAGUGCGAUCCCUGUCUCCCGGGGAGAGAGCCAGCCAGCCAGCCAGCCUUCUUCUGAUUUCAUGACUACUGUCUCCAUUCCCUAAAGAGCUAGGGAACACUUUUUAACUAUUAAUGGUGCUUGGAAGGACCAGGUAUGGAAACUAAGGCCCGUGAAGAUGAGGCUGAAGGCCUUUUGGGGGUUACAGGAGCGCUGGAAGAUCUUGGAUGGGUCCUGCCAAGUUUUCUGCCUCAAAAGGACCUUGAAAACAGCAUACAGUGCGGAGUGUUGGAAAAAGGGAGCUUUCUUUGGUAGUCGGUAUUCAAACCAAAUCAAUCCUGCUCUGACCCACAAAUGCUCCAAGACCAGUUUCACAAGAUCCCAAGGUACAUCUCUGGGGACAUCUGUUCCUCUGCAGGAAGAGCUGCAGCCUCCAAAGAACCGAGAGGGAGAAUCCCAGAAAAGUUACCUGGCUGGAUCCAAACAUGGAGAAAUCCCAGCAGGGCCUUACAGAGUCCGAGUGGCCACCGGGACGUUUUGGGGUUCAGGGACCUUUGAUGCAAUCUCCAUCACCCUGGUGGGCUCCAGCGGGGAGAGUCCCAAGCAGCGCUUGAACAACAUGGGGAAAGACUUCAUCCCAGGAGCGGUGGAUGAGUAUGAGGUGCACAGUGAGCAAGACCUGGGUCCAGUCCUUCUGGUCCGUCUCCACAAAGACCCCUACCUCUUUUUCCCUGAAGACAGCUGGUAUUGCAACUUUGUCCAACUAACAACACCCCAAGGAGAGACCUACUACUUUCCCUGCUACCAGUGGAUCGAGGGAUAUCGGACCCUGGAGCUGAGGGAAGGCACAGGGAAAUUGGUUUGCGAUGAUGUGGGUACCCCGUUGCUUCUCCAGCAUCGGGCGGAGGAGCUGAAGACCAGACAGGACUCUUAUAGGUGGGGUGAAUUUGCUCCUGGGAUGCCUCGGUGCCUGGCUGUGGAGAGCCUGGAGGAGAUGGACACCAACAUUAAGUUCUGCCUGACCAAACUCAGCGGGUUUAUGCUGCGUUCUAAAAUCACUACAAUGGAACUGAAAUGGAAAGGGUUCUUGACAUGCUCUGAGUCUUGGAAGAAGCUGGAAGACAUCCGUAAGGUUUUCUGGUUCAACAAGACACCAGUUUCAGAAUAUGUUGCUGACCACUGGCAGGAAGAUGCUUUCUUUGGCUACCAGUAUCUGAACGGCGUCAACCCAGUGGUGAUUGAGAAAUGCACCGAGAUCCCGUCCAAUUUCCCCAUCACCCACGAAAUGGUAGCCAGGUCCCUUGGGGAAUCCACUACUCUCCAGGAGGAGGUGCAGAUGGGGAACGUCUUCAUUGUGGAUUAUAAGAUCCUGCAGGACAUCCCAACCAACACGAUUGAGGGCCAGCCACAGUACAUGACCGUUCCUCUCUGCCUUCUGUACCAGACACCUGCCAAGGACCUCAUUCCCAUCGCCAUCCAGCUCAGCCAAACCCCAAGUCCGGACAGCCCCAUCUUCCUCCCCAGUGACCCCUUUUGGGACUGGACCCUGGCAAAGAUGUGGGUGCGAAAUGCCGAUUUCCACAUCCACCAGAACCUCUCACACCUUCUCCGGACGCACCUGCUGGCUGAGAUCUUUUCUAUGGCCACCUUGAGGCAGCUGCCCAUGUGUCACCCACUCUUUAAGCUGCUGAUUCCUCAUUUGCGAUACACCUUCCAGAUCAACACUUUGGCCAGAGUCAGACUCAUCAGGGAAGGAGGCAUGAUGGAUCAGGCCACGUCAGCUGGCUAUGAAGGGAUCGUGCCCCUGGUAGGAAAAGGGGCUUCCAGCAUGACCUACUCCUCCCUCUGCCUCCCGGAAGACAUAGAAGCCCGAGGAGUCACCACUGUUGCCAACUAUUACUACCGAGAUGACGGCAUGAAGAUCUGGGCCGCCAUUGAGAGCUUUGUUGGAGACAUGGUGAAGUUCUAUUACCGGAGUGAUGACCGUAUCCAGAGUGAUCCAGAGCUCCAAGCCUGGGUUCAGGAGAUCUUCAGGGAAGCUUUCCAAAGCAGGGAGAACUCAGGUGCUCCUUCUUCUCUGGGGACGAUGGAAGAGCUCACCAAAUUCCUGACAAUGGUGAUUUUCACCUGUUCAGCUCAACAUGCUGCAGUCAACAGCGGGCAGUUUGACUUUGGGGCAUGGAUCCCCAACAUCCCACCCACCAUGAGGAGACCCCCACCCACCAGGAAGGGGACUGCGACCCUGGAGAGCAUCCUGGAGACCCUUCCUCAGGUCAACAUCACCUGCAUCGCUCUGAGUUCUUUGUGGCUGCUAAGCAAUGAUGUGGGAGACCGGAGGCCUUUGGGACACUUUCCGGAUAAACAUUUCUCUGAAGAUGAACCAAAGCGCCUCAUCGGAGUCUUUCAGAGCCGCCUGGCCCAAAUUUCUGAGGAAAUUCAGGAGAGGAACAAGUCGCUCGCCCUUCCAUAUGAAUACAUCAGCCCGCCUAUGAUCGAGAACAGCGUUGCCAUUUAGGGUUCGGGUGAUGAUUCGCAAACGUGGCACCCUGGAUUUUGCCGUCAGCUGGGUAUCUCAGUAAUGCUCGGUUAUACUGUGUGCUGAGCCACCGUUCUUCUCCAAAACUCCUCUCUUGGGAAUCAUGUGUGGCACUCAGUAGGGCAGGGACAGAGAUGUCAUUGCAAAGGGUGUUUAACUUUGGACUCAAAGAAUACAUGUGUCCCUUUGGCUUUGUCUCAUGGGCCCACAAUCUAAUUCCAAAGGCUUUGACAAGCGAUCCAUGUUUAAGAAUAAUCUUUCCCUUCCCCAGCAGCCUAUCUAGUUGGAAAGAAAGGGAGCAAGUAAAGGGGAAAGGUGUGCUUUGGUGUAUGCAUGGGUUCUAGUGCACGCAUACAAUGACAUCUGCACAUGCGUGCCAAGAGCGCAUGCGAAGUCAGAACUCUCUGGGAUCAAUGUAUGUAUAUUUGGAGCAGGUUUGGAACUAAACUGAGAGGAAGUGUACUUUUCAAGUAUAAUUUUCUAGAGAAUUCUAGAAAUCUCUAGGAUGAUUUCUAUGCACUGAGCCAAUUCAGAACUGAGCUGAGAGAGGCUCACAUUGAAACUCUGUGACAUUUUGACUGUGAAGCUACUGUCAGGAAAGAGCCCUUCAUUGCUAAUGAUUAAAUAAUACACACACUUUUACAAGGCCUCCGUUCUUUCCUUAUAUGACUGGUCAGGUUGAACCUAGAGCUUGGAAAAGUUGCUUUCCAGAGGACUAUAACUCCUCUGGACUACAGCUCCGCAUGGCCUGAUGAUUUUUUCUUAACCAAAAAUCAAACCGUGUAUAAUAUAUUUUGACUUUAAAUAAUGUAGUGUACUUUUUGCACAAUGUUUUAAAACUGAGUAAAUGAAUCUGUGAAUGCAAAAAUAACUGAUUUUAUGACAUGAGCCCAAGGGAUCCUUUUAAAACAACUCGUCAUCAGGACUGAUUUGUUAUGGAUCACUAUGUAUUUUUAGGUGUGGGCUUGUGAUACGAUUCGGUGGUUUAAUCCUUCAGAUGUUUUGUGAUGCUGUUGUAAGACACCCUGAGGAUGUUUUUUUAAUAAAUAGACAAGCGAUGCAUAUCUUUUUUUAAAAAAUGAACAAAUUUUCCAAAUCCAAGUUGCGUACUCUUGCCUGCUAUGCAUACAAAUCCCCUAAAGCUUAACAUCAUCUCUGAUCAGGAACCGGGGUAGAAAUAACACUGAACUCAGGAAAACUAUGAACUUAUUCCCACUACCUUGUAAAUGGGAUUGCAAAUUGGUUUGGACUGACCCUGGUUUGCACUUGAAUGGAAUCACUGAAGAGAGGGGCCAUGCGCGACACCCAUUUAUUCUGCGUCUUUCUGAUGUGGAUUUUUUCUACGUCUUUUUGUUUUUUUUUUUAUAUAUAAUCUUUAUUAAUUUUUAAAAUAAACAUAAAAUAGCACCAUCGAAGAUUCAGAUUUUAACAAAUGAAAUUAAACUCAAAAAUAUUCGAAAAAGACAUCUUCGUACCCCUCUUCAUUCUUCUUCUCUUGUCUCUUCAGAAGGGAGGAUCUUAUUGUUACACUUGAAUAGCCCAUGCUUAAAAUAAGGGAUGAAGCUUCUCUACUAUAUUCUAAUUACUAGGGACUAAAAGCCCUUUGGUAUUAAGUCUAUUUGCCCUAUGUCCUUUUACACAAUAUAUUCAAUUUUCUAAUAGACUUAAAUUAUCUAAUAAUUUAUCACAUCACUGUACAAUAAUAUCUAAAUAAUCUUUCCCUGAACCCUCUCAACGAAUAUAGUGAUAAAAAAGAAACUACAGAAGUCUUUAUAAAUUCUUCUACUUCGUUUGCGAUCUAUUUAGGCUCUGGAAUAUUAGAACAGAAAUAUAAUGUAUCAAUGUUAGCAUAUAUAGAAAUCGCCCUCCAACUUAACCAAUUUUAUUUCUCUUCUACCGUCUCUCAAUUCUCACUUCCAUUCAUGCCACCCAAUUUAGGUUGCGAUCGAAGAAAUAUCUAAAUCCCAAACUUUCCCCCAAUAGAUCAGGACUUUUUUCCACAUUUCCUUUCUCUUGUUGUUAUUUCUAUUUUGGACAUGACAAGAUAUAAUAUCUAGUUCUCUAUAAUCAUUGAUCCUCAUCAUCCAAUUUUCCCAAGUUGGCACUUCUUUAGUUUUCCAGAACCGCGCUAUCUCUAUUCUAGCCGCGGUAAUCAUGUAAAGAACUAUCCUCCAGUUCUGCUGCUCGUCUUUAGGGUCAAGAACCUUAGUUAUGUUCAGUAUAAAUAGUUUAGGAUUCAUUGGAAUUUUUAUUUCAAGAAUUUGUUGCAUAGUCAAAUGUAUUUUAACCCAGAAUUUUUGAAUUUCUGGGCAUUUCCACCACAUGUGGAAAUGUGUCCCCUUCUCUAUUCCGCAUCUCCAACAAUUUCCAUCUGAGGUCUUGAACAUUUUUUUUAAUUUCCAGGGGGUAAUAUACCACCUGUUCAUAAUCUUUAGAAAAUUUUCUUUCAGAUUCUGGCCCACUGUGAACUUAUCUGUCUUGUUCCAAGCCCCUUCCCAUUCGUCCAUAUUAAUUGUCAUGUUUAAGUCCUCGGACCACUUUAUCAUAUAAUCCUUGACUACAAGUUUCUCUAGAGUUCUGUUCAAAAAUAGAUUGUAUAGUUUGGCUAUUUUUUUUUAUCCGAUUGCCAAAGUAUCUCGUCCAAUUCGUUAAAUCCAAGUUCUAUUCCCUUCUCUUUUAUAUCUUCUUUGUAUUUUUGGCAAAUCUGUAUAUAGUUAAACCAAGUUAUCUCGUAACCCUCUUCUUCAAGCCUCUCUCUUGUUUUGAUGUUAACUUUCCCUGGUCCUGACUUAAUCAAAGCAUUUUUGUAAGUUAGCCAGUUGCCCUGCGGAAGCCAUCUGCCAAAAAACGCCUCUUGGGGUGAAGUCCAGUAUGGUAAUUUGAAAUAAAAUAAUUUUUUUAUCUUAUUCCAAGUAAUUAAUAGUGAUUUUCUAAUAGCGUGAUUGUCGAAAUCCUUGUUGUGUCUACUUUUAUCGUAGCACAAAAAGGCAUGCCACCCGAAUCUUAAGUGGGUAUUCUCUAAAUUUAAAAUGAAGGGGUCAUCCAACUUUAUCCAACACUGUAUCCACACCAUACUGCAAGCCCAAUAAUAUAGUUGAAAGUCCGGCAGAGAAUAACCCCCUCUCUUUUUAGCAUCCUUCAAUGUGGACCAUUUUAU